CCCGGCCACCGCCGGCCUCGUCGCCACCGCCGCAGCCGCGGCCGCCCUCUAGCCCGCCCGGGGGCCCAGGCGACUCCGGGGGGCGCCCCCACCCCCUCUUUGCUUUCGGGAAACUCCUGCUCAGUUUUGCCGGGGUUUCUGGCUUUCUUUUCCCCCAAGUCCCAGUGCCAUUGUGGGGCUCGUUGUUUACCUCGGACUCCGGCUGAGUGAGAGCUCGGCGACUUUUGGGGGGAGGGGGCGGGGAGUCGGUGGCGGCGGAGGCGGCUGGGGUGCCUUCCGAUCCCCCCUCUCCUCCCCCCAGCCCUCUUUCUCUGCCUCACUCUCUCGGCUCCCCAGACGCUCGCAGCCCCGCGUCCAUGGGCAGGGAGGGGGUCCUCGGGGCUGUCGUCAGCGAGGGCCGAAUCAAAAGUGGCAUUUUAGUGCCUUGCCGGGGCUUUUUCCGCGACCUUCUGCCCCCCACCCUCUCGGCCCCCCGGUCGAUGCCCUCGUUGGGGGCGCGAGACCGUGGGAAGAAAGUUUAAGGUUUGUUAAUAUCAGUCGCAAUCGUUGGGGAGGGGGCGGGGGCGACCGGAGGCGAGGCGAGCCGGCCUUCCCCUCCCUGCGUUCUCCGGGGUGACUGGAGAAUAAUAUCGCAAGUGACAGCCAGAAGUAGACUUUCUGUCCUCACACCGAAGAACCCCAGCGAGCCGGAGGGAGGGAGGGAAGCCAGGGGACCUUUUUUUUCUGCCUUUCUGGAGACCUUGUCCGCAGUGAUUUUUUUUUUCCUUUUUAAGAAUCCUCAGUCACCACCUCGCCUCCCCAGCACCACCACUGUGUACAGCUCCUAACGGGUUUUGCUUUGUUUUUACGAUUUCCCCCCACAACGAAUCACUUGUCAGAUCGAUUUUACCUUCUCCCUCCUCCCUGUUUCCCACUCUCUCCUCCUCCCCCAUCGAAAACCCCGUUCUCUGAGGUUAGACAUUUUACAAACCAUAUAUGUUGUUUUUCGAACUGUGAUUUUUUUUUAACCCCCCUCUCCCAUGGCUACUCUUCUAGACGUUUAUUUCUGCCCUCCCUGCCCUUCCCCCGCUUAGGGGGGCGGGGGUAGGGGAAGAGAAAAUAAUACAAUUUCAGGGGAAGUCGCCUUCAGGUCUGCUGCUUUUUUUUUUUUUUUAAAUUAAAAAAAAAAGGACAUAGACAACAUCAGUCUUGAACUUCUCUUCAAGAACCCGGGCUGCAAAGGAAAUCUCCUUUGUUUUUGUUAUUUAUAUGCUGUCAAGUUUUGAAGUGGUGAUCUUUAGAGAGUAACUGAGUAUGGAUCAUUUGAACGAGGCAACUCAGGGGAAAGAACAUUCAGAAAUGUCUAACAAUGUGAGCGAUCCGAAGGGUCCACCAGCCAAGAUUGCCCGCCUGGAGCAGAACGGGAGCCCGCUAGGAAGAGGAAGGCUUGGAAGUACAGGUGCAAAAAUGCAGGGAGUGCCUUUAAAACACUCGGGCCAUCUGAUGAAAAGCAACCUUAGGAAAGGGACCAUGCUACCAGUUUUCUGCGUGGUGGAACAUUAUGAAAACGCCAUUGAAUACGACUGCAAGGAGGAGCACGCAGAAUUUGUGUUGGUGAGAAAAGAUAUGCUUUUCAACCAGCUGAUAGAAAUGGCACUGCUGUCGCUGGGCUAUUCGCACAGCUCUGCUGCCCAGGCCAAAGGGCUGAUCCAGGUUGGAAAGUGGAAUCCUGUUCCACUGUCUUAUGUGACCGAUGCCCCUGAUGCUACGGUAGCGGAUAUGCUCCAGGACGUGUAUCAUGUGGUCACACUGAAAAUUCAGUUACACAGUUGCCCCAAACUCGAAGACCUGCCUCCCGAACAGUGGUCGCACACCACUGUCAGGAACGCGCUGAAGGACUUACUGAAGGAUAUGAACCAGAGUUCCUUGGCCAAGGAGUGCCCCCUUUCACAGAGUAUGAUUUCUUCCAUUGUGAACAGCACUUACUAUGCAAAUGUCUCAGCAGCAAAAUGUCAAGAAUUUGGAAGGUGGUACAAACAUUUCAAGAAGACAAAAGAUAUGAUGGUCGAAAUGGAUAGUCUUUCUGAACUGUCCCAGCAAGGUGCCAACCACGUCAGCUUCGGCCAGCAGCCGGUCCCAGGGAACACGGCGGAGCAGCCCCCGUCCCCCGCGCAGCUCUCCCACGGCAGCCAGCCCUCUGUCCGGACCCCACUUCCGAACCUGCACCCUGGGCUUGUGUCAACGCCCAUCAGUCCUCAACUGGUCAACCAGCAGCUGGUGAUGGCCCAGCUGCUAAACCAGCAGUACGCAGUCAACAGACUUCUCGCCCAGCAGUCCUUAAACCAACAAUACUUGAACCACCCUCCCCCCGUCAGUCGAUCUAUGAAUAAGCCUUUGGAGCAACAGGUUUCAACCAACACAGAGGUGUCUUCCGAAAUCUACCAGUGGGUACGCGAUGAACUGAAACGAGCAGGAAUCUCCCAGGCAGUAUUUGCACGUGUGGCUUUUAACAGAACUCAGGGCUUGCUUUCAGAAAUCCUUCGAAAGGAAGAGGACCCCAAGACCGCGUCCCAGUCUUUGCUGGUAAACCUUCGGGCUAUGCAGAACUUCUUGCAGUUACCGGAAGCGGAAAGAGAUCGAAUUUACCAGGAUGAGAGGGAAAGGAGCUUGAACGCAGCCUCGGCGAUGGGUCCUGCCCCACUGAUAAGCACACCGCCCAGCCGCCCUCCCCAGGUGAAAACGGCUACUAUUGCCACGGAGAGAAAUGGGAAACCAGAGAACAACACCAUGAACAUUAAUGCUUCCAUUUACGACGAGAUUCAGCAGGAAAUGAAGCGCGCUAAGGUUUCCCAAGCACUGUUUGCAAAGGUGGCAGCAACCAAAAGCCAGGGGUGGUUGUGUGAGCUGUUACGCUGGAAAGAAGAUCCUUCUCCAGAAAACAGGACCCUGUGGGAGAACCUGUCCAUGAUCCGAAGGUUCCUGAGCCUCCCUCAGCCGGAACGGGAUGCCAUCUACGAGCAGGAGAGCAACGCGGUGCAUCACCAUGGCGACAGGCCGCCCCACAUCAUCCACGUGCCCGCAGAGCAGAUUCAGAGCCCCUCUCCCACCACCCUUGGGAAAAGAGAGUCUAGAGGCGUUUUCUUGCCAGGCCUGCCGACCCCCGCACCGUGGCUCGGUGCUGCUCCUCAGGUGAGCGGGCACAGGUUACCUUUGCCAGCAGGAGAGGGACACACGGAGGCAUGGCAUCAAGACCGGCUCCCGUGGUCAGGAUUUGCAGCCUUACCAAGGCCACCCACGGUGGCCGCGCCCGCCGAGGCGGAGGACGAGAGCCGGCAGAAGGCGCGGCCGCGGACCAAGAUCUCCGUGGAGGCCCUGGGCAUCCUGCAGAGCUUCAUCCAGGACGUGGGCCUGUACCCGGACGAGGAGGCCAUCCAGACUCUGUCCGCCCAGCUGGACCUCCCCAAGUACACCAUCAUCAAGUUCUUUCAGAACCAGCGGUACUAUCUCAAGCAUCACGGCAAGCUGAAGGACAACUCCGGCCUGGAGGUGGACGUGGCCGAGUACAAGGAGGAGGAGUUGCUGAAGGACUUGGAGGAGAGUGCCCAAGACAAAAAUGCUAACACCCUUUUCUCGGUGAAACUAGAAGACGAGCUGUCGGUGGAAGGGAACACAGACCUGAACGCCGACGUCAAGGACUGAGAUGCACGCCUACUCCUCCUCCAUCAGUGCCACUGGUAACGGACUCGCGCAGCGGGAAGUCCACCUUGUGCUUGCUCGGAAAACCUUGGUUGUCCAUUGUUUGGCCAAUGAAUCUUGAGAAACUUGCACAAACAGGAGAAGUCGACAAAGGGAUGAUACAGACUGCACUAAACGUUUUACUCUGUUUUACAAACUGCUUGGCAGCCCCAGGUGAAGCAUCGAGGAUUGUUUGGUACUAAAAAUGGAAAUUUUUGUGUUCACGGGACACACCCAGGUGUGGACCCCGUCAGCAUGAUACCAGUGAUAUAUUUUUUUUUAAUUAUUACUAUUCUGGAGCCUCAAACAAGCAUUAUAACUUCUGUGAUUAUUAUUUCCUUCCUUUAAUUAUUUCUGUAACACUUCACACUGAUCUUUGGAAACUCGCCCCUUGUUUUAAAAAAAAGAAAAAAAGGAGUUUGUUACUCUAUUGUAUGUUACAAAAGAACUAUAGACUGUGGAAUGCAGUUUAAAGAUGACAUAUGCCAACAAAUGCCUUGUAUUAUAUGGCACUGCCGUAAUUCAAAUUUGUUUUUAUUUUGGAAAUAAAAGUUCACUGUAAUUUUUUUUUCAUUCUCAUUGUUACAUGGUUUUUUAAAAAAAAAUGGAAAGAAAAUGUGAAACACAGUUUAGUCCUCAUUAUUUAUUUGUAGAUCCUGCAACAUCAUAUUGUAAUUAAUUUUUUGGAAGUUUCCGUUAAAUGUAAUAUUGCUUCUCUUGUUACCAUACUGAUUCUUUUCUAUUUAUAAAUGUAUUUUGAUGGGCAGUAAAACAAAGUGUCUUAAAAGUUUUAAAUAGAUAAAAUGUGCUUUACACAGUUGCCUAUAAAAAGUGCUCUAUGUUAUCCAAGCAAUUCAUACUAUAAGCUUCACUCUUAUUGUUGUAUGCAAUUUUUACUAUCAUGCAAAUAAGCUUAGAUAAAUAAAACUAAUAGAUCACCUUAGAAAAUUAUGCAAUUAAUGUGAAAAUAAUUGAUGUUUGCAAUGUGUCUUCCUUUGGUUUACAAUCAAUUUUAAAGCUACAUCUGUAUAAAAUUUCUGUAUAAAGGUGUAUUUCUUUUUUAUGAGUUUAUGGCUAUGAAAACACCAGCUAUUUUGUUACAGCUGGCUGUUUUUAUAAGUGUAUCACAAUUUUCUUUAUGCAGAAAUGUUCUGAUUAGGAGUGGUUAUUGACUGUAACUACACAAUUAAAAUUGUUUGUAUGGUAUGA